CUUGGCCAUGGCAGCAGCAGCAGGGUUAGCGGGAGUUGUGGCGAUGGUGGUAGGCGGAUACUUGAGAUCUCAUGCCGAGAAGAAGAAGAAACAAACGAUGAUGAUCAUGCACACUCCCCGCUCAAACGUGCGAGAUGUGUGGGUGAAAAUGGAGCAGCUUGAGAUGGAGGAGGAGCAUGUGAGAGGGAGGAAGAGACACGAUUUGAUGAAACCUAUGGAGUACGUCAAAGUGGUUGGGGAAACUUGGGCGAGACCCAACGAGGCUGUGCCAGACAGAUUUGGGAAGAUGCAUGUAGCAAUCUUGGAUGAAAUCGUUGAAGUCUGUCAAAAAGUUAGAUGUGAAGGGAAGAAUGUUUACUCUGUUGACAACAUGAACUGUGGGAAAUGCUCCUGGUAUCAAGAUGAGACGGUCUUGUCCAAGAAAAGGCGAGGCGGAGACUUGUACUUGCGUGAUCCAAGUAUGGCAGCGCAGAACUCAAGGAGAGAGUUGCAGGCCCUCGAACAUGACAUUGUGGAGCGAUCAACUAUCCAGCUACAAGGAAAGGUCGAAGCAUGUAGGGAGAUUUUGAAGGCUUUGAAUCGCAAGUCUCAGAAGUCUGUCAGUGAACUUUGCGAGAAGUGGGAGGCGACCUUGAGACAUAAAUAUGGUGGACUAAUUUUUGUAUUUUUUGUGUUAGCUUCAAAUUUCCUUGUAUUUCUUGUGUUUGCUCACCAUGACGCUCCUUGUAGACGCACUUCAACGGAAUCCUGACGAUAUCAACUGCAUCAAGAUAGAAGAGUCCGUCUCUCUGAAUCAUCUCUUCGUUGACAACUCCUCCAAGUGGAGGCCGUCCAAUAGCGAAAGCAGCUACAGGAACGCUUACUUGCCCAA